AUGGCUUCACUCUUCACCUACAUUCUAACUGUUGGUGCUCUCAAAGCUUGCAACAUGUCAUCAACUCUCAUUGUGAUUAAUGAUACCAAUGCCGCAUUCUCGGAUUUUAUUUCGGCCAAGUAUCAAAAUAGAGGGUUGGAAGCUUUUGUUGAAUUUCUGAAAGCUCGUCUAUUGAGAUACGCUCUUGCUGGUUGCACUGCUUUAUUCUACUAUGCAUAUGUUGCUUCUAUCAAGAGGGGAGUUAUUCCAUCCACUUCAACCACCUCUCCUUCAUCAAGUAAUCCACCACCACCUCCACCACUACCAUCCAACGAUGAACAGCCUCUUUAUGAUCCUCCCAUGAUGCCACCAUCCCGUGCUCAACCUUCAACUCAAGAUCAGCAACUGCCUCCUGUAUCCCCUACAGUUCUUGUUUCUGCUACACUUCCAGAUACUCCCUUAGAUUAUGUUAAAAAGGGGGAGAAUUUAAAUCAACAACAUAAAGAUAAGGUUAAUGAGGCUUUAUACUCUCCUACUGAUGUUGAUGAAGAAGGAUGUUUAGAUCUUAGUUUCUUAGGUGAUUCAGUACAUGUUCAUGUUAUGCCACUUCCAAUCUCUAUUAUUUUCCCAACUGGAUCAUAA